AUGAGGUCUGGGAAAAAAAGGAGUCAUUUGACCUUGUUUUGUGGUCUUCUGCUGUCCGUCUCCUCUAUCUGCGUAUGGCCCGCAAAUGGCGAAAUUUGUGGUCCAGGCAUUGACAUUGGAAAUGACAUUAGUGAAUUCAAGCGUUUGGAGAACUGCACAGUGGUGGAGGGCUACCUGCAGAUUCUGCUCAUCGGAAGCAAGAAUAACAACAACCAAGAAGUCUUCCGCACUCUCAGUUUCCCUAAACUGACUAUGAUCACAGACUACCUUCUCCUUUUUCGUGUGUCUGGCUUGGACAGCCUGAGCACGCUUUUCCCAAACCUAACGGUCAUCCGAGGCCGCAACCUCUUCUAUAACUAUGCUCUGGUUAUAUUUGAGUUGACCAGUUUAAAAGACAUUGGCCUCUACAAUCUCCGAAACAUCACCAGAGGGGCAAUAAGGAUCGAAAAGAACCCGGAGCUCUGUUACUUGGAAUCUGUGGACUGGUCUCUCAUAAUGGAUGCUGAAUUCAACAACGUCAUCGAGGGGAAUAAAAAGUCCAAAGAGUGUGGAGAUGUUUGUCCUGGCAUUAUGGAGAACAACCCUCAGUGUAUCAAGACCACCUUUAAUGACAUCGAAAGCCACCGCUGCUGGACUUCCAACCAUUGCCAGAAAGUGUGUCCUGACAGAUGUGAGCACCGCGCAUGCACGCCUGGGGGGGAGUGCUGCCACCCUCAAUGCUUGGGCAGCUGCACCGAACCCAAUAACGACAUGGCCUGUGCCGCCUGCCAACACUACAACCACGAGGGCCGCUGUGUGCCCAACUGCCCGCAGGGCACAUACAAGUUCGAAGGCUGGCGCUGCAUCACCAUGGAUCUGUGCUCUAAAGUCCACCUGCCUGACUACGACCGUUGUUUUGUCAUCCAUGAAGGGGAAUGCAUGCCGGACUGCCCUCCAGGCUUCACCCGUAAUGAGAGUCAGAGCAUGUUCUGUAGCGCCUGUGACGGUCUCUGUGACAAGAUCUGUGAGGAGAAGAUCAUUGGAUCUGUGGAUGCAGCUCAGUCCCUCAAGGGCUGUACGGUUAUCAAAGGCAACCUGGAGAUCAACAUCCGACGUGGCAACAACAUUGCGUCUGAGCUGGAGAGCUUCUUGGGUCUCAUUAAAACAGUGACUGGUUAUGUGAGGAUCCGUCACUCUCACACGUUAGGCUCCCUGUCUUUUCUCAAGAGUCUGACAUACAUCCAUGGAGAGAGCCUUUGGGACGACCUGUAUGCCUUCUCUGCGCUAGACAACCAACGCUUGCAGUAUCUAUGGGACUGGUCCCAGCACAACCUCACAAUAAGUGCUGGAAAAUUGUACUUCCGUCGUAAUCCCAAACUAUGUAUAUCAGAGAUACACAAAAUGUGGGUGAACACGGGCAUCAAAGGCAAAUUUGAGGAGGUGGAAUUCCGACAUAAUGGGGACAGAGCAAGCUGUGGAAAUAAAACCCUAAAGUUUGUCUCCAAUAGCACUUGGAGCAGCAGGAUCAAAUUGAUUUGGGAACGAUAUCGCCCACCAGAUUACGAAGACCUCAUCAGUUUUUUAGUGUACUACAAAGAAGCGCCUUUUCAGAACAUCACAGAGUUUGAUGGUCAGGACAGCUGUGGGUCAAAUAGCUGGAACAUGGUUGAUGUUGACUUGCCACAGGAUAAAAGUACAGAUCCGAGUGUUCUCCUCAGCACUCUGAAGCCUUGGACCCAGUACGCAAUCUUUGUUAAAGCUGUUACCUUAGUCGUGGAAGACAAAGACAAGCACGUUCUCGGCGCCAAGAGCGAUGUGGUUUACAUUCGGACCAAAGCCUCAGUACCAUCUAUGGUUCUUGAAGUCCGCGCAUACUCAAAUUCAUCUUCGAGUCUGCUGGUGAAGUGGUCUCCUCCUCUGCACCCCAAUGGGAAUAACACUCACUACCUAAUCCGCUGGCAGCAACAGAAUGAGGACCGAGAGCUCUACCGGCACAACUACUGUUCAAAAGAGCUUAAGAUUCCCAUCAGGUUCCCAGCUUCAGGUGUGACCGACAUAGUCGAAGACCCAAAGGUCACCAAUCCAGACACAGCCAGUCGGGACAAGGGUGCCUGCUGCCCAUGCCCUAAGACAGAGGAUGAGCUGAAGAAGAUGAAUGACAAGAUCUCUUACCAUAAAGCUUUUGAGAACUUCUUGCACAAUGCAAUCUUCACUCAGAGGCCUCCUGAUCGGCGUCGCAGGGACUUAUUUGGCAUAGCCAAUGGCACACUGAUUCCAGCUUUGGGGGGCAACACCACCGGCCUAGAGAGCAAUGCAACUGAAAACGAAGCCGUGGAGAGGGACUACCCGUUCCACGAGAGGAGGGUGAAAGAGAGGAGCAUUGAAAUCAACGGUCUGCAGCCGUUCACUGUGUACCGCAUCGACGUGCACGCCUGUAACGACGAGGUCAAACACUGCAGUGCUUCAGCCUUUGUCUUCGCCAGGACCAAACCGGCAGAGAAAGCAGAUGACAUCCCUGGCGCAGUGAGCUGGGAGGCCUCAAAAGACUCUGUGUUCCUGAGGUGGCCAGAGCCAGUCAAGCCAAAUGGUCUAGUCCUGUUAUAUGAGAUCAAGUUCCGCCUGGGAGCAGAGCCUGAGAAGCAUGAGUGUGUGUCUCGCAAGCACUUUAAGCAGCAUAAAGGUAUCAGACUUACCAAUUUGGGCCCAGGGAACUAUUUAACCCGUGUACGUGCGACGUCCCUAUCCGGCAAUGGCUCCUGGACGGAGCCCGUGGCCUUCAGCUUGUCCCACCCUGAACCGUACGAAGGCUUCCUCUACCUUGUGACCAUCCUGCCCAUCUUUUUGGUGUUUGUUGGGUUCAUGGUUACAGGUUUUAUCAUGGUCAACAGAAAAAGGAGCAGUGACAGGCUGGGUAAUGGAGUUCUGUAUGCCUCUGUCAACCCUGAGUACUUCAGUGCAGCAGAGAUGUAUGUGCCUGAUGAGUGGGAGGUGCCACGUGAAAAGAUAACCAUGUGCCGAGAGCUGGGCCAGGGUUCCUUUGGCAUGGUAUACGAGGGCAUCGCCAAAGGUGUCGUCAAGGAUGAGCCCGAGACCAGGGUUGCCAUCAAAACGGUCAACGAAUCAGCUAGCAUGCAUGAGCGCAUUGAGUUCCUCAACGAAGCAUCCGUCAUGAAGGAGUUCAACUGUCACCAUGUGGUGCGUCUAUUGGGUGUGGUCUCACAGGGACAGCCCACUCUGGUGGUAAUGGAGCUGAUGACACGUGGAGAUCUUAAGAGUUAUCUGCGUUCACUGCGAUCCUCCGAGAACUCAUUAAGCCUGCUCCUGCCUCCACUGAAGAAGAUGAUUCAGAUGGCAGGAGAGAUUGCAGAUGGGAUGGCUUACCUAAACGCCAACAAGUUUGUCCACAGAGAUCUCGCUGCCAGGAACUGCAUGGUGGCUGAGGACUUUACUGUCAAAAUUGGAGACUUUGGCAUGACCAGAGACAUUUACGAAACGGAUUACUACCGAAAAGGAGGCAAAGGUCUCCUGCCAGUUCGCUGGAUGUCCCCCGAGUCUCUCAAAGAUGGAGUGUUCACUACAAUGUCAGACGUGUGGUCCUUUGGUGUGGUGUUGUGGGAGAUUGCGACUCUUGCCGAGCAGCCUUACCAGGGGAUGUCCAAUGAGCAGGUGCUGCGUUUUGUCAUGGAGGGUGGACUCCUGGACAAACCAGACAACUGCCCAGACAUGCUGUUUGAGCUGAUGCGGAUGUGUUGGCAGUACAAUCCAAAGAUGCGACCCUCGUUUCUGGAGAUCAUCAGCAGCAUAAAAGAUGAACUGGAACCUUCUUUUAAGGAGGUCAGCUUCUUCUACAGCGAGGAGAACAAGCCUCCGGACACAGAGGAACUAGACAUGGAGAACGUGGGGAACAUGGAGAAUGUUCCACUGGAUCCAGCUUCCAGUCUUCAACCCCUAAGCUCAUCCCUGCAGGCCCCGGACAAGCACUCGGGAUCCGCGGCGGCUAACGGGCCCAUGGUAGUCCUCCGCAGCCCAUUUGAGGAGAAGCAGCCCUAUGCACACAUGAACGGGGCGCGAAAGAACGAGCGUGCCUUGCCCUUACCCCAGUCCUCCGCCUGCUGA